CCGAUGAUUUCCUUCAAUCGUCGCCUGGCAUGAUCUCUAACAGUCGAUUUUAUUCGCAGCCAGCGUUAACUGUCGCAUCUAUCGUACAUAGCAUCCCCUUGUCGAGCUUUCCAUGGACCCCAGGCCCAAAGAGAAUAUUUGCAGCGUGUGCCGAUAUGACGACAAAGGACCCGCAUAUGCAAUUGUUAUGCUACAGCCGAGUCUCUAUAGAUCCGCGAGUGCGGGUUGCGAACUAUGCACCUUGAUUCUUCGAGGAAUACACACUCUCUCAGAUCUGAACAGGGGAGCUACGGGUGUCGAAGGAGGAGAGAACCGCUUCCUUUGGAGGCCAGGGGGCCAGCUGGCCAAUAAAGGCGAGUGGGGAAAUAGAACUUGGGACACUUGUGACUUCUAUGUGCUUCCUGGCAGCUUUAACCCUUUCCCAACAAUGAUAAGGACGGCUUGUCAUCUUCCUGGCGACUCGGCGUCUGACUUGUCUGUUGUCCAAGUCCAAAGAUGGUUGCGACGCUGCAGUGCGGCCCACCGAAAAUGUGGGAGCGUUGAUCUCGAUGUGCCUCUCCCGACACGACUCAUCGACGUUGGAUCUGGCUUACGGCUUGUGGAGACGAAGGGCAUGCGUGGCCGCUACGUCUGCCUCAGUCACUGCUGGGGGGAUCACACCUCGACUUCUGCGCACCAGGCUUUCAAAACCACUCGGAAGAACCUCGAUGCAAAUCUAGAAAAGAUUGAAUUUACCUCUCUACCAAAGACAUAUAGAGAGGCAAUCACAUUCACGAGAAAGCUGGAGCUGAGAUACAUAUGGAUCGACUCCCUCUGCAUCAUUCAAGAUGAUGAAGACGAUUGGCGCCACGAAGCCAGUCUCAUGGCCAACGUUUACGAGAACGCCGUCUUGACUCUCGGUGCCACAGCAUCCGCAUCCAACACAGAGGGACUCUUCAGAGUUGGCUCGUCGACCCACCGUCCCAUUGAACUUCGUGGCGAGACGUCAAACGGAGAAAAAUACACAGUUUACGCAAGACGCGCACUCGACCACUGGAUCCGUGACCAACCAUUAUUCCAAAGAGCUUGGAUCUUCCAGGAACGCUACCUGUCGCCUCGCUUUCUGCACUUCACAUCCAAUGAAUUGAUCUGGGAAUGCAAAGAGUGCAUAGACUGCGAAUGCAAUCAGAACACACUUUUGGGGGCCCCAAAAAGCAACCUCGUUUCCUACUACAACGAUCCCAAGUCGUCCUAUCCCGACGCUUUUACAGCCUCGCCCUAUCGCGUGCAGGUCGCUUGGCGAGAUGUGGUCUCCGCUUACACGAAACUCAACCUGAGUUAUGCCCGAGACACGCUGCCGGCAGUUUCCGGGAUCGCGAAGAAAUUCAUGGGGAUUCGGCCUGGAGAUAGAUAUUUAGCUGGCCUGUGGGAAUCCUCUUUUGUGCAAGACCUGCUUUGGAAUGUAAUAUCCAUUGGGGGUACGGAGAAGGAGAGGAUUCGACCACGGCCGGAGAAGUGGAGAGCGCCUACUUGGUCGUGGGCAUCUGUUGAUUCGGCAGUGACCAGCAAGGGCACUCUGCAGAGCCUUGUGGAUAUUGACGAGCCAGGGACGAGUCCAUGCGUGGAGGUGGUCGCCGUCGAUUGUACUCCAGCUGGACACGACAUAACCGGAGAGCUGUCCAGUGCGCAUGCUAUUCUGAGAGGAUGGAUAAUGGCAGGAUAUAUAUCUCUCAAACUCACGCCGAAUAACUAUUGGCAACACUACAUGACCAACAGAGGAGACGAAGCGAGAUUCUUCCCGAAUUAUAGAUUCGACGUUGAUGAUGAAUCUCGUGUCCAGGAUGGAGACGGCAUAUUCUGCUUGUGGAUCGCUACGCCUAGUCCGAAGAAUUGGCGGCUAUCGGAAGAAUUUCUGGUGCUGAGGAGGAAGAGUGGCGUGGUUGGGACAUUCGAGAGGAUUGGGUUAAUGAGGCUUUCUGACGACGACGACUUCUAUAGGAUGUUUGAAUCGCUGCGAGAGGAGUGUACACUGACGAUGGUUUGAAACAGCAAAGACGUCUCGUUCUUAGGAGACUUGAGGUGAGGAUUUGACAACGUCUUCAAGGAAACGGUUAAGUGAACCGCGCCUGGGCAGCCAAUGCAAGCGCACGUGACUUUCAUAUUGAAGCGUCCGGCGGACGCCGAGGGAGACAUGUGAGAAAGUGAAAGGCUCGAUUGGUAAUCGAGACGAGAGCUCGGGAUUAUCUUCCGGGGUUUUUUGAUGAAUGGAGCCGCGUGUUGAGUAGUGAGCAUGUUGGUCAGGGCCUUUGCCGUAGAGGAACAGCUCCAGAUCGCAGUCGAC